AUGGCAAAUUCGUUAACCCUUGCACCCCUGGCCACUGCGGUGCCCAUUUCAACCACAUCAAAGAAGACUAGCCACUUCUCUAUCAUAGGUGCAGUUACUACAGUAUUGGGCUUGAACUUUAGUGACACAGUAAGUGCCAGUGUAGCCAGAAGGCCUCCGUUGUUGCAUCCACCAGAGGGGAAAACUGACCCAAAGGUGAAGGUGAAGUGCAUUACGACGAAAGUUCUAGCUAGCAAGAAGAGGAAAGAAGCCAUGAAAGAAUCAAUGGCCAAGCUAGAGAGGGGGGAAAGCCCAUCAAAGAACCAUCUGAAUAGUUUCCCAAAACAUGCCUUGUAUGUCCAUUUGGGAGGAAUUUGUAUCCCUAGAAGGAGUUGA